AUGGUUUCGACAACACUUUCACCGCCGCUAUAUCCUAUGCUCGAUGUUGAGGGCAAUCCGUCUAUGAUGAAGACUUUUGCAGAAUUUGAUGCCGAUAACGUUUCUCGGGCUCCUUACCCUCUUUUUGGCCAUGGUUUUAGUAUCCUCAGGUCACUUGGCAUACCAGAUGAAAUUGUGGACACCUUCGUUUCCUUAGGAGAUUUUUCCGCGACUCUUGAUGCCUAUUGUACCGGCAGGAUCCCCAGGCUGGAGAUUGAUGAUCUCUUAGACAGCCGAGAGGUUGUCAUGCAUAAGCUUCUGUCCUUACCGUCUUCGGUAGACCUAACGCCAACGGUUCAGUCAGCUGAUUUCACCUCAUCUACUUAUACUUUUAUUGAUUCCGAUACUUGUCUUCCUCUAUACGAAGCUUGUCGGUGGGCUGCGCAGCUCUAUGGCAUUAUGGUUGUGUUCCCAAUACCGCGAUCAAGAUGGGCGAGAGAAUACGCAGUCAGUCGGAUCCAACAUCAUUUGUCCUCCUUUCGGCCCGGAAAAGAAACUCGUCAAUUCUGGAAACUCGAGAUGUGGUGCGUUGCCGUCGGGGGAAGCUCUUCCUAUUCCAAGGACCAGCGUCAAUGGUUUGGAGAGAGAGCGUGUCUGCUAGCCCAUUAUCUGGAUGUCCAGCUAUGGCAAGAAAUUGAAGCAAUGCUGGGUGAAUUUGCUUGGGUCUCGAAUAUUUGCAAACCAGCCGCGCUGGAAUUUUGGUUUAGCAGAGACUCAUCCUGUGCCGGUACUUUUUGA